AUGUGUACAGCCUUGUCCGCUCGUCGAUUCCUCACAAACCGCGACCAGUCGGCGCUUCGUGCAGGAGACGUGGUCGUGGUGGCGCCCAACCACCGGCAAGGCGUACUUGGCUUUCUGCACCCGUCGUCCGUGGCCGGCGUGGACAAGGACGUGGCCGUUGCUGACGUCAUGAGUGCAGUGCAGUGGGCGCACGACCACGCUAAAGCCUUCGGUGCUGACCCGAAUCAGCUUGUGCUGGUCGGCCGCGGGACGGGCAGCUACCUGCUCUCCGCGGCUGCGCGCAACAUGAACAACAACGUGGUGCGCCGAGCGUUCUACGAUGGCAUCGUCUACGGAUCCUUUCUGCCAUUCGAUCCGGCGGUGCCGUACCUCAACCUGGCGUUGGCCUUGCACUGCGACGACACGGACCAGUCAGCGUGGGUGUCAUGCUUCCGCGCCGCGCCCGUCGACAAGCUGUUGCAGGGCGCGCAAGCAUCGCCCCACUGCCCUCUGCCAUUCACGCCGUACAUCAAUGUUGAGUUGCUGCUGGCAGCACCCGUCGCCACGCCGCGCACCAUAGUAGCUGGAGCGAACGCAGCCGAUGACAAGGCGCUCUUCAUGGAGCGCAUCCUGCCACUCGCACAGGUAUGCAGUUUGAAACAGGUGUGCGCGGAUACCGUGCGAUCAGUCCUAUAUGACUGGUACAAACGGCAAGGUGUGCAACAAGACCCCCCAGCAUCUGUUAAGGGGUAG